AUGAGUAACAACAAUAGCAGCAGCAAUACUACAACAGCCAACAGCACGAACAAGAAAUCGUUGCUUGAUACUGUUGUGAGCAGUGUGAUGGUGAAUCAUAAACGGACACCGAGUGAGAAUGUCUAUCCAACCAACCCAAAUAUACCGCUAACCAGAGAGCUGAGCAAUCCUCUUAGUUUUAGCACCUCUGCGAUGCAAAAUAACCCCUUGCCAUCGUCUCCCCUCAAGAAUGGCAUCUCUUCAUCCCCGACAUCUUCCUCUUCCAUCCCUAUCAUUGUUUCCACUGCCGCUGUAAAUGUAAACAAUGCUUCAUCUUCUCCUUCACAUUCAAACAUCAUCAAUAAUAAUAGUCAUAGUGGUCAUAGUAGUAGUAACAGCAGUCCAUCGACUAGUGUCAGUGGAGGUAGUACUAUUACUUCCCUUUCGCAACACCCACAUGCAGUGUUGUUGGGAAGUGGACCCACAUCGACGACGACGACUACAACUACACCAGUAACAACACCAACCACACAUUCUACAAAGACAACACCAGCAACACACGAUGACGACGACGAAGAAGAGGAGAGUAGCAGUGAAGAAGAGUAUGAAGACGAUGGAAGCAUUCUGUCGUUACAAUCAAUGGCAAUUGGAUUGGACAAUGACACUGGCGCCAUCGAUGACGAUCUCUGCAUGUCAUUGUCUGAUUUGGGAGACAAUAUAAUCGUGCGUAUCUCGGGUCAUUUGCACGCCGACGAUGUGUGCAGUUUGAUUCGUGCAUCAAAGCAUUUCCAAGGACUGUUGGCAUUGAACCAACCACUCUGGAGAGACCUCAACAACUACUAUGUACGCACGAUGAACUCUGAUCCCUACGAUGUCAAUCUCUGGGACGAAGAGCUGUAUCAACAACAACAACAACAGCAACAACAACAGGCUGCCGCGAUGGCAUCUGCCACGGUCAAGGAAAAGGGUCGUAGCAUCACCUUUUCUAGCAAGGAUGCCAAGAAAUCCAUCCUCGAUAUAAACGCAACCGUUGGUAAAAAGUCUGCCAAGAGCGAGCGUAUCUUAUCUCGUUUUUGCCUACUCCCGGCGGCAGCGGAAGCGGAUCACAGACUGUUGGUGGAGGCAGCGGUAUACUUGCAUCGACCACCCAAAACAUCAUCUCGGGCAGCAACGGUACUCACAUCAUGGUGUUGA